AGUUUGAAUAUAACUUACUACAGAAAUCAUGGAAUUAAAUUAAUUUUUAUUCAUUCUGUCAUAUAUAAAUGCAUUUGAAAUUAUUAAUAAAUUUUAAAUGUACAAGACAUGUUUAAUAAAAUUGAUUAUGAUAUUAAUAAAAUUGACUUUUGCAGAGCAUCAAGAUCAUAUAAUCUAUUGGGAUGCUAGUAAUUCAAUAUUUCAAGAAAAUCCUGAUGAAUUGUAUGUCAAUGAGGGAGAUAAUUUGAUUUUUAUUUGUUCACCAAAUCGAACACAUGUAAGAAAUCUUUACUGGACAAAUGAUUCACGAGUAAAAAUGAAAUGCAAUAAAACAAUAUCAAUAAAAGUUAUCAAACUUUUAGAUUGUUUUAGUAAUAAAUCAUUAAAUGAAUUUGUACUUAAAGUUAGUCGAUUCCCAGAGAUCACAUCACUUCCUAGUUUUGAUUACAAUAUACCUGUACACUUUAUAGCUCAUUCAUUUACAUGUCAGAAAAAUAACAUCCGAUUAAGCUUCAAGUUAGCAAAGAAUUCUAUGAAUGAUAAAAAUAAUUCUCUUGUUUCUGAUAUUUUAAAGUCGUUUAUAUCAGAAACUCAAUUAAUUGGUCAAAACAAAUCUGUGUCCAUUGUAAAUAAAACGUUACAGUACCAUUCAAAAACCAAACUAGUUUUAGAAACUUCAAUCACAUACAGAAAUCAUACUUUUAUUAUCAAAGAACAAACAAUAGACUGGGAAGAAUAUAAAUUUUUACUUGUCCCAGCUAUAUUUGCAUUUCUUACACUGAUUGGUAUACAGAUUAUUUUAUGCAGUUUUUGGCUACCAAAUUCAAUUGUAAAUAAAUUUAUAGCUUACUUUAAGAAGUGUAAAUGUAAAAGAACAUCAAAAGAUCAAUCAAAUCAAACAUGUUACAAGCAUGAAAUAAAACAUUUGUACUUAAAUAAUAUUUCUUCAGCGUCUAGAAUACGUUCAUCAAAAGAAUGCAUGAGCAUAACAAGCCCAUAUUAA